AUGUCUCUGUGUCAGCCCUCCGGCUUGGCGCAGUUUGUUGCCAAGAAUGAUCAACUUCAGAGCACCAGCGUGAGUCAGAAACAUCGCUUUCGCGCAGACGAACCAUUAAACCCCACAAAUGUGCCGCUAGAGUCGCGAUUCCGCUCUCCUCGCGAGCUGCGUCUUUCAGACGCACUUCCCGUGCCUGGGCAGCCGCUUGUUGGGAAACGUGCCACCAGCAGCCUCCACGCGGGUGAUUGGUCGGACGAAUUUUCCCGCAUGAAAAUCCAUGAUCCGUUGAGCUUUACGUCGGAGUAUCAACAGCUCUACGCAUCUUACGAAAAAUCACAGCACUCCCGAUCGCCGGACGUUAGCCGUCAAUACCCUCCUACUCUUCAGCAGUUUCCAAGUCAGCGUUCCACCCUCAUGCAACGGGCUCCUCUGUCCGCACAACAUACGCACCAAACUUCCUCCGGCACCUCCGAUAAUGUCUUGGAGGCCGAGUAUUUCGAUCGUGAGUUUGACGAGUUGGAACGGGAGAUGUCUUCGGACAUGCACGACGACAUUGAGGACCCCGAUGUCGACGAGCAAGGCCAAUCCAUCCUGGAACUCACCGCCGAACAGCUAAAGUUCCAACAAGCAGCAUCUGAAAUUCAUCAGAGGCUGUCUCCCGGUCCUCAGACGCCGCCAGCAUUGGAAUCCAAAUUUCAAAAGUCAAAGUUUUUGGGGCUCAUGCGCGGCAUAAGUGAUGGCGUAGUCACUUUGAAAGGCGCCGACGACGAUGCAAACAAGUACACGCAGCUUUUUUCGCCCACGUCUGGAGAGCUUGUGGGCAACGAAUAUUUCCCUGUCGCCGAUGCAACGCUUAAUAAUAAUGGCACGUCAUGA